AUGGGUGUUAACACCCGCAAACCGACGCUUCCAGCUCCUACCGAUUCUUCGUUCCUUGAUACAACAGGAGGCAGUGCGACAGGAACGGACCUCGCAACUGACCUUUCUCGACGCACCGAUAAGACAUCAUACUCCAUUCCGGAUGACGGCAGCCCCAUCACUAUAUCCACCCGCCGUCGAUCUCAAAAUCGAGAGGACUCCAAGCUUUCCCGAGCCUCUGCCCAGUCGCAAACUUCUCUUUUAAUUGAAUAUUUUGAAGGGGGGAAGAAGGGUGGAGGCCUGAACUCUCGGCCCAGCGUCAGAGUAAAAGUGACGCCAUCUGCUGCUCGCAAAAUCAGAGACCAAAACGACCAUAUCCAGAUUAGUGAAUCUGGGGGAGGUAGAAAGCCAACAUAUACGAGGCGUAUUUCUUUGGGAACGCCAACUCGAAACAAAGAGAUCACUGAGGGCGUGACGGAUGAUCUAAGUAUCAGUUCAAUUGGAUCCUUGGCGGACGAAGCUGGUCUUACUCGCCGCUCACCAUUAGAGAUAGAAUUUUCGAGGGACAGUGAAUUGUCGGCCAGGUAUAUUCAGCCAACAUCUGAUAUAUCUUCUAUGCCCCAGGAUAGCAUGUUGGAAAGCUCGCCCUCUAUGUCUCAAGUUCGCCACCAACGAAGCCAUAGUGUAAGUGGUGACGAGGGUCAUGAGCAACCUCGCUCUCCGGAGAUGCUUAAGACACCUUCCAGAAGGAGAAGUCGAAGUCUAAGUAGGGAAAGAAUUGCGCAUAAAGCGGCAGAGAAACUUGGUGCUGCCCCGCGAGAUGUGGCUCGCAAUAAACACAGACAUAGCGAAAAGAGCCAAAGUCGAAGUGUGAGCAAAGAAUUCCUGGAACCUGAAGGGAAAUCCUCGCGUCGGCGUUCAGGAAAGUACCGAGAGAAGGAUUCGGUCAGCGCAGAAUCCAGCCUCUUGAGCCAUUCUGCGCUCUCCCCCCAACUCAAAUCUGGAGACCAAUAUUCUUUCCGUUCAGGGACGUCCAAAUCGUCAAUAAAUAACCCAAGGCUGCUGGAAACCGUUGAGGAUGCUAUUCGACGACUAAUCUUGCCGGAGCUCAAGGAAUUGAAGAAAGAUCAAAAAGUGCAGGCCAAUCGAAACCAAUUCGAACGCGAUACGAAUGGCUCUCUAGGUUCUGGGAGUAUCGGAUCUAGGGAUGAACUGGGACGACGCUUGUCCAAACAUGCGAGUGCUCCGGAUGUUACCAAACCACGCGUGAUAGUCAGUAAUGGCAGCAAAGAUCCAUUAAUCAUCUCGGACGGAUAUUCAAAGAGAUCCAAGGAACCAAGACGGGAGAAGUCACGCGAAUCACAGUAUGUUAAAUCUUUUACACGGAGAUUUUCCGAAGACUCUUAUCCCUCGGAUGAACCCAUACAAAGGAAAAAGUCCAAGGGACUUCGCGAUGCUGAAGCUGCAGCAAUCGUCGGCACCGCCCUGACCAGUGCCGCUCUUAAACACCAUGACUCUAAAUCUAGCCUGGACAAACGUGAGCGGAGGAAGAAACGCAGCAAGAGCCGAAGUCGAAGUGGAAGCGUCAAUGAAACUGAACUGAUGUUCCAGAAGCACGGAGUUCCCCCAAUGCCCCUACGCAGUGAUAUAGAUUCAGAAUUGACAAGGGAAUCUCUAUUAUCCCAACGGACUACUGGUACUGAAAGUCCCCGUCAUGGUGAGGUAACACGCCGAUCACCGCACGAAGUUGGUUCACCGGUCUCUCGAACACCAACCCAAACACCCCGUGGAGUAGCGAAUGAGUCGAAAUCUGAUGAAGCUUUAUCGGCGAAAGGUUUGAGUGCUCAAAGUCAACGCAGCCUAAACUUUGACGAGGAUAUCACUCCAACAAAGGCAGAAACUCACCAUGUGGACCAAACAUACAUAGACCACUUUGGCGAACACGCAAACGAGUACACCAGUCGUGCCCUGAGCCCAAUACAGAGUGUUGCAAGCUCCCGUGACGAUGACUCGGAUGUUGGAGAGGAAGCGGGACAGCAAGCUGAUAGUUCUGGAUCAGUAAGUAGGGACUUUCCCGAACCAGGUCACAGGCUAUCCAUCGAUUCUCUGUCGUCUGCCCCAAGCACGAAUUUGGCUAGAUCUACACGUCCCGCUGACUACGAAGAAAAGAGAAAGGCAUUCCUAGCGCAAAAAGACGAGUCUGGCGUGGAGUUUGGUUACGAAGAAACCCCACGCACAUCCAAACAUGAACACUGGGCUGACAGUGGUCUCGAUGAAAGUGAUGAGUAUAGACAGUCGCUGGAACAGGAUAGUUUGGACGAUAGUCGAGUUGAUGCCCGUCGCAUGACGAACUCUACCGAUGAUAGUUUCGACGAUCCGUUUACCCCGGGCCAACAGGUCGCGCAGGGUGCUGCAGCUAAUGUGGAAUAUGUCCACACUCCUGUUACGGUUGAGUCUGCAGUUGCCUCUCUCCUUGACCCGUCAUUGGUUGACGUGGGUUCUCUCCAAUCUGGUAGGAACUCAGUCGGAUCACCGACUAGACGUCAGAGUGGGAGCCCGGGAUUAUAUAAUGGAGCGCAGCGAGGUCUCGCGGAAGCCAGCCAUGGAAGCCCAUUAAAGCAACGACAGGACGCAUCCAGUCCUGAAGCGAAAUCAUUUCAGAAGCGGAUAGGUGCGACGUCACCACCUCAGAGCGUCGAAGAUUCUUCCGAUGAAAAGCCACACUUAGGAGCAUCAGCAUUGCCUGGAGCUGGAAGCCCAAUUCCAGAAAUCGGUCAUAUCCCUGAUUCUGAAGAGUCGGAGAUAAAUACAAAUCCUUCGAUCAUCCAAGGCCCUAUUGGUGGGGUCCCUCACGAAAACAGAGAUCAUUGGCCCUACAAUCCGACCCCCCCACGAUCUAAAGGAAAUGCCAUUCAUGUAGAACCUAACAUUGAUGAAAUUGAACCCCAAGGGCCUCUCGCGGAUCCUGCAAGCCCUAUCCCUAGCGUAGAUCACGGCCCGCCCUAUUCCAACACCAAUUUUAACGACCCAUUUUACGGGACUGGUUAUGGAGAUGAAUAUCCUUCUGAUAAGGUUGACCAAGGGCAAACGAGAGAUUUAUAUGCAGACCAUUUGUUAACUCCACUGGGAGUAAAGGAUGAAGGUUACAUAUCGGGCGCAAACCCUCGCUCGCCAAGUCUUGCCACGUCUGAUCCCAGAGGCAGCGAUGACCCCUUCACUGAAACACAUAAACGACAUUUGAGUGGCUAUUCCCAUGGCAUGGCCUCCCCUCUUUACGACAGUUCUACCGGCCAUGGAAUUGAUAGGAUUCAGUCGAAGGACAUAGUUGCACUAAUGGAUCAUCUCACCGUUCGUGACGCCCAACGAAAUGCUCGAGAUACAGAAAUCCUGGUGACUCUUGUGCGGAGUGCAGCGGAAAUGCGUAAUUCCUUCGAGAACAUGAAAAAAUUCAUUGCCCAGCAAGAUGAAAUGAUGAUAGAUGCGAAUGUAAAACAACAUGAUCGUACUCAAAAGGUCGUUGGUGGACCUCGACCUCAGCCGCUUGGCAUUGCACGAACCCCCCGUCACACUACUGCCGACGAAGAUGAUGAGCGAUCAAAGAGAAAAAGCGUUUUUAAACGGGCGUUGAAGGGUUUGAGUCUCAAAGGGUCGAAUGAUCUCACCAGGGUCGAAGACAUGCUUGUUCAUCUACUCCUCGAAGUGGAGGCUUUAAGAGCCGCUCAAGAGGGCCGGAGCCUGGGCACUGGAGUUGCCAACUCCAAAGAAAAUUUCCAUGAACCUGGUCAAGAUGGAUAUGAGCCUGAAGGUCAAGCUGGCACUUCGUCAAAAGGAGGGGGCGACAAGUCUGGCUUUUCGAAUUCCCCUCGCUUGGCUGGAGAUAUGAAAGCUGCAAGCAAUCGGCGUGGAUCGGACCACCGAAUCAGUCCAGUCAUGGAGGGUGACGAAGGCUUGGAGCCAUUAACAGCCGAUGAGCAAGAUUUGCUGGACCAGCAAGCAGCUACUGACGCUCAGCUCAUGGGCCACCAUAAAAGGGGCGGCUCUGCUCCUCUGGGCACUCCUCCACGAGUUCCUCUCGCAUCUGGGGCGCUGAGCACAGACACGACCCCUAAAAUGUCCAACGAAAAGUCUCGAAAACACAAAUCAAGCAGUUCGUCGUUUUUCCCUAAAAUUUCCCGGUGGUCGAAAACAACUGCUUCGUCGAUGGGCGAAAACAUCCGCAAUAGCAUCCAAACUAGCCGCAAGGACCGAUACUCCUCAGAGAUUUCCCGAUCUGGUUCGGAUUUGGAACAGGAUGGAUAUAAUACUAAUGACUAUUACGACCCACACGGCGACGACAGAUUACGGUCAAAUAUUAGUUUAGACCAACGGCAGGAGAACCGUCCCCCUUCCCCUCUGGUACCAUCGCAGCUUUCAGAAUAUCCGAAAUACCAGGCGCAUAGGGAUAGUCUGAAUCUGCAGCAUCCACAACCGCGCCAGGGACCCACAGAUCGUUACCAAUCCCAGCUGGAAUCGCAAGCACAAACCUUUAUACCCCCAGUAGCUCUCAACUCUGAUGGCUGGGCAUCCAAUGCUAGUCUGGGGCGGAUGACCCCGAAUAGAAAAGGGCCUGGUUCGGAUGGUGGAUAUUCCGAUAAGUCAUCAACUUCUGGCAGACGAAAUGCCCCUCCACGCCCUCCAAAGAUCAAAGAUGAAGGACCCUUAGUUCCCCAAAGACCACCGCAAGGAAAAGGGGAUGGACAACUCACGUAUGCAGAACGUAUGGCUUCUCGUGGUUUGCGCCACUCAAACUACGAUCCUGCCAAUGGAUCACCUAUUAGGUCGUCACCUAAGAACAACGCUCCUCAGCGAAAGCCCACGGGCCCGCGCCCUAUCACCAGCUCUGGAUACCCUAAGCGACACUAA